AUGGCUGCCUUCCCGGCCUAUUUGGCUCUUUUGUCUUACUUGGUCCCGGGGGCUCUGUCCCACCCCGAGGCGAAGACUCUGACAUCAAGAGCCUCUACAGAAGCUUACUCCCCUCCGUAUUACCCGGCUCCGAACGGAGGAUGGAUAUCCGAAUGGGCCAGUGCCUACGAGAAGGCACACCGUGUCGUAAGUAACAUGACGUUGGCCGAGAAGGUGAAUCUCACAAGUGGCACGGGUAUCUAUAUGGGACCUUGUGCCGGUCAGACUGGCAGUGUUCCCCGGUUUGGGAUCCCCAACCUGUGCCUUCAUGAUUCUCCCCUCGGAGUCCGCAAUUCGGAUCAUAAUACGGCAUUCCCGGCCGGCAUCACGGUUGGGGCCACAUUUGACAAGGACCUGAUGUACGAGCGCGGAGUCGGCCUGGGCGAAGAGGCGCGUGGAAAGGGUAUCAACGUUCUUUUAGGGCCGUCCGUGGGCCCUAUUGGGCGGAAGCCACGGGGAGGCCGCAAUUGGGAGGGUUUCGGAGCGGACCCCAGUUUACAGGCCUUUGGUGGCUCGUUGACCAUCAAAGGAAUGCAAAGUACGGGUGCUAUUGCUUCGCUCAAGCAUCUUAUCGGAAACGAACAGGAGCAGCAUCGGAUGAGCAGUGUUAUCACUCAGGGCUAUUCGUCAAAUAUCGAUGACAGGACUUUGCAUGAGCUGUAUCUGUGGCCAUUCGCUGAAAGUGUAAGAGCCGGUGCUGGUUCGGUCAUGAUUGCGUAUAACGAUGUGAACAGGUCCGCCUGCAGCCAGAAUAGCAAGCUCAUCAAUGGAAUCCUCAAGGACGAGCUGGGCUUCCAGGGCUUUGUCGUGACCGACUGGUUGGCUCAUAUUGGCGGAGUUUCGUCAGCGUUGGCUGGUCUGGACAUGAGCAUGCCGGGUGAUGGAGCUAUCCCACUCUUGGGCACGAGUUACUGGUCGUGGGAGCUGUCGCGCUCUGUGCUCAAUGGGUCGGUCCCGGUCGAGCGUCUCAAUGACAUGGUCACGCGAAUCGUCGCAACAUGGUACAAAAUGGGGCAGGACAAAGACUAUCCGCUACCAAACUUCUCCUCAAACACCGAGGAUGAGACUGGGCCGUUGUAUCCUGGCGCCUUAUUUUCCCCAAGUGGCAUUGUCAACCAAUACGUCAAUGUCCAAGGCAACCAUAAUGUCACGGCCCGGGCAAUCGCUAGAGACGCAAUCACGUUGCUAAAGAAUAACGAGAAUGUCCUGCCUCUGAAACGGAAUGACACCUUAAAGAUCUUUGGCACCGAUGCCGGGACCAAUUCGGACGGGAUCAACUCUUGCACGGACAAAGGCUGCAACAAAGGCGUAUUGACCAUGGGUUGGGGAAGCGGAACAUCCAGACUCCCGUAUCUCAUCACGCCGCAAGAAGCGAUAGCGAAUAUCUCAUCCAAUGCCGAAUUCCACAUCACAGACACGUUUCCUUUGGGCGUCACUGCAGGCCCCGAUGACAUCGCGAUCGUCUUUAUCAAUUCGGACUCCGGCGAGAACUACAUCACCGUUGAUGGCAAUCCAGGAGACCGUACGCUGGCAGGGCUGCACGCAUGGCACAAUGGCGACAACCUGGUCAAAGCUGCCGCAGAAAAGUUCUCAAACGUAGUGGUUGUUGUGCAUACCGUGGGACCCAUCCUGAUGGAAGAAUGGAUUGACCUCGACUCCGUUAAAGCGGUGCUCGUCGCUCACCUCCCAGGACAGGAGGCAGGCUGGUCACUCACCGAUAUCCUCUUUGGGGACUAUAGUCCUAGCGGCCAUCUGCCUUACACAAUCCCUCACAGUGAAUCAGACUACCCGGAGAGCGUCGGUCUAAUUGCUCAGCCAUUCGGCCAAAUUCAAGACGACUACACCGAGGGCCUCUACAUCGAUUACCGACACUUCCUGAAGGCAAAUAUCACCCCCCGAUACCCAUUCGGGCACGGUCUCUCCUACACCACGUUCAACUUUACCGAACCCAACCUAUCCAUCAUCAAAGCCCUAGACACAGCCUACCCCGCCGCGCGACCCCCCAAAGGCUCCACACCCACAUACCCCACCGCCAAACCCGACGCAUCAGAAGUCGCCUGGCCCAAGAACUUCAACCGCAUCUGGCGCUACCUCUACCCCUACCUCGACAACCCAGAAGGCGCAGCCGCCAACUCCUCAAAGACGUACCCCUACCCCGACGGCUACACCACAGAACCCAAGCCCGCCCCUCGCGCCGGCGGAGCAGAAGGAGGCAACCCGGCCUUAUGGGACGUUACCUUUUCGGUCCAGGUCAAAGUGACGAACACAGGUUCUCGGGAUGGCCGUGCCGUUGCGCAGCUGUAUGUGGAAUUGCCCAGUAGUCUGGGGCUGGAUACGCCAUCUCGACAGCUGCGGCAGUUCGAGAAGACGAAGAUCUUGGCUGCGGGGGAGAGUGAGGUGCUUACGUUGGAUGUCACGCGCAAGGAUCUUAGUGUUUGGGAUGUUGUUGUUCAGGACUGGAAGGCGCCUGUGAAUGGAGAGGGAGUUAAGAUUUGGGUUGGGGAGAGCGUUGCGGAUUUGAGGGUUGGAUGUGUGGUUGGAGAGGGAUGUUCUACUUUGUAG